ACACGCCGCGCACGCUUGUCCACGGGGUGUUAUCCUCCAAGCUCAAUCGAGCAGUUAAGCUCAAUCUGAGAACGCGGCUCCCUGGUGUACGUGCGUUGGCCGACGCGCGGACGUUACACCACCACGACUCGAAUACGUCGACGUACGACGACUCCGUUUCGUCUAUUCCUGGCAGUGCUCCGUCCGACUCCGUCAAGUUUCCGUCGAGUCUUCCCGCGACGAAGUCCUGUCCCGCGUCCUUCGCGUUCGACGCCCUCGGGGACGCUGGGCGCCACUUGUGACAUGGUUUCGUGGAUCCUCGCGGUGUCUCGCGAUAUCGAGACCUGAAGAUUGCUGGACAAAAUGUGAGAUUGGAGAUUGGAGAGUGGAGAGCGGAGAUUGGUUUGAUGAUCGCGAGUGAUUAUUGUGAAGCGCUAGGGCGGAAGUGUCAGGCAGUGGAAGAUCUCGGGUUCUUCCGAUCGAAGCCGCGAGUGCUGCUGCGUGAACGUCAUUGUUCUAAACUAGCUGCUCCUUUUUCUGCGCGAUGCGUCCGCCGGUCAUUGUCGCGCUGCUCUAGAUCCCUCGAGUUCUCGAGGUAGUUUUACGUGAAACCACCUAACUUCCAUUGAAAGUGAUCUUCGCGUAACAAGUCGAAGAACCAGACGUGUUUCGGGACUUGGAACAGGUGCGCGGUGUUUCGAAAGUGAUCGCGGGACGUUAGUGAAAUGAAAGAAGAGCGUCGAUAAAUUGAAAAUGGUGAGCACGAGUCCACUCGUGGGCGUAGCCACCCUCAAUAGGGGCAGGAACACUUUCCGCGGGGUGCCCAAAGCGGAGGUCGAGCGCAGGAUAAACACUAUGCUGCAGGCCAUGACGAUUGAGGAGCUCUAUGCUGCUCUAGUGUACAUGACCCAACAUCAAAUCGGUUACGACGUCUCCACCGAGUGUGGCCAGGAGGUGUUGUUGAAUCACCUCCAGAAUGCGUUCAAGGUGGACAACGAGACGCAUGAGAGGGUCCUGGAAGAGACUAGGAACCUCGAGCCCCCAGAGAUGCACUUGAACGUAGAGGUGAUCGAAGCCAAGGAAUUAGUGUCGAAGGACUCCAACGGCAAGAGCGAUCCCUUCUGCGCCCUCUAUCUCGAGUCAGCCCCUACCAGAAGGUACAACACUGCCGUGAAAACGGCCACCCUCUGCCCAGUGUGGGAGGAACACUUCGAACUGCCUCUAGAGGAUCCCGAAAACGAUGUACUUUUCCUAGAAGUCUGGGACUUCGACGCUGCGGAAACGGUUCCUGAGAAGAUGAGCAAGGUCAAGGAUGUGAAGGGUGUUCGAGGAUUGGUGAAGCUCGCCAAGGAGAUCGCGGUUACUGCCACCACUGGAAGCCAUGAUAAUGAAUUCAUCGGACGAUGUCGUAUACCUUUGAAGGACAUACCCACCACAGGGCACACAAUGUGGUACUCGUUGGAGAAGAAGAACAAGUCGAAGCGACGAGGGGUCGUGAAGCUGAGGCUGGCGUUCAGCGCGGAGCACAACACGCAGGUGGCAGCCCAAGAGCACAGACACCUGAUCAGGGUGCUGCUGUUGCACGAGAUAGAGACAGAGAAGAUAGAGAAGUACUGUUGGUGCGGGCGAUGGUCGGCGGCAGCGGAGGUCCUGCUUCUUCAGCACAGCGCCCAACGAGGCUUGCUGGCCAGGAACGUCACGCUCGCGCAGUGGGUCGAGUACGCGAGGAUCCACCAAGAGCAUCCUCUGAACUUCAUCGUGUUCAACAAGCUGAUGAUGGACCUCCUCAGACCUAUGGAGAACGAUCUGUUCUCCUUGGACGAGGCCAGACUCUUCUGGGACGCCACGAAGAAGAUCCUGUACUCUUGUCUGAACAGUUUACGCAAGAUCAGGAGGCUGACACCCGGGGAUAAGAACACCAUGACGCAAUUGGCCGCGAUUUUAGGAAUAUUGUCGUCUAUAUCGUGCCUUAACGUGCCAGAAGAGAUAAACCUGUUUCCUACGAAGAUGUACCCUUGGUUCCCAGACCCGGAUGACAGGCCAAGCAUUCUUCAAGCUUUAGAGUACACGGUCGAACAGGGUGGAGCGGAAUGGUUCGAGCACAUAGUCAACCACAACUCCCCGGAAUCCGAUACCGACGAGGACGCCCUGAAGUACCACAUAAAAAUGAUCCAGCUCAUACGAGCAGACCUACAGAACGCCAUCGAUAACUAUGACAAGCUGUUCAUCAGACGGAUCAACUUUCCCUACGCCAGGACACUUUACGUGAGGUACGAGAAGAUCAUCAGCGAUAUGUGCAUGAUCAUCACCGAAGACGUCUGUGGUCGGUUGAAGAGGAUCGAGAUCAACGACAUGGACGUUGAACUGAGUCUUGGGACGACGCUGUUCGAGCUCUAUCUUUCGUUGCAGAGAUACGCUGUCUUGGGUCGAGUGUUGUGCGCCGAGUGGCAACUGGAAACCAUGAAGAUUCAGAGUUACUAUGAGUGGUUUAGAGCUGGCGUGGCCCACUGGCUCGACAUAGCCGUCUACAAGGCCCUGAAACGUAUAGACAGAGCCGUGGAGUUCGACACGCUGCAGGCGGUUGACAAUAGCGUUCAAUACAGCUCCAGCGCGGUAGACACUUUGACGAUAUUCUACCAAAUCAAAGUGUUCUGGUCGCAGCUCUCCUGGCCCGACGUAGAGGGUUCCUACACUUUCAUUGGCAAAAUUAUAGACGACAUCUGCAAGUGUUCGAUGGCGUACGCUGACAAGAUGGCAAAGAAGGCGGAACUGACCACAGAAUUGGAGCAGCUGUCCGAGAGCAGCGUGUACGAGAGAAAAUUCUACGUGUCCAAUGCCUGGUGUUUCGCUAUCAACAAUAUCGACUACAUCAGGACGUCGAUAGGGCCACUGGCCCACGACUUAGGGCUCCAAGACAUCGUGGACUCGUUGGCUGAGAAGAAGACCCACGAGGAAGCGGAUCGCUGCAGACAGACACUUCAGCUAAUCAUAGACAAUGCUACUGAUACUGUCAAGAACAAGAUCAUCGAGUUGUUGCAGAUCGUUGCUAGCAAAAUGGCCCCUGCUAUGAACAGGUAUCUCAUGGAGGGCGCAGAAUUGAUAGACACCACCAGCAACGCUAUGGAUCGCCUCUUGCAAUACCUAGAUAGCAAUUUGACCACCUUACACGACAACCUCAACGAGGACAACUUCGAGAGGGUCCUCCUUGUGAUUUGGGAGAUCAUGUCUGAUACCUUGUACAAAUUAGUCAAUGAUAACUUGGAGAAAAGAAGACCGCCAUCCUUUUACUCGAAUCUCCACCGCACUCUUCACACUCUCGUAAGAUUCUUCAACCUUGGAGUUGACGAAUCCUCCAACGUGAAGGUCUUGGAGAAGAUCGAGUAUCUCCUGGAACUACACGGACUGGAAACUGCGAAGCUGAUACAUCGUUACCACCAGGAACGCAUAAAAGAGCAGAAAGAGAUAGAGGAGUCCGAAUACGGACAAAUCACUGUCAGGGCGCAGUUUGUUGACAACUCGUUGAACAUCCAGAUCCUCAACGCGAGGAAGCUGCGGCCAGCUGACAGCAACGGCGAUUUUAUAGGCAAGAUGUCUACUCUCAAGCGCAAUCUUCAUACAAAAUCUAAACAAAGACUGAAAGAAACAAAGACAAGCACGUGCGACUCUUACGUUAAAGUGAGAUUACUUCCUGAGGAGAAGUUCGUCGAUGUGAAACUGCCAAAGACUCACGUGCAGAAGGAGAACUUGUACCCUCUCUUCGACGAAAUCUUCAACAUUCCUUUGAAUACGGAACAGAGAACAACCGUGGACGCAAUAAUAGCGUUCGAGUUGAAGUACAAGGACUUCUUCAAAUCAAGAUUCUUAGCUGAAGCCUUUCUACCAUUCAGUGAAAUUACUGAGAUGGUGUCGGACCAAGGGAUAGAAUCUCUCAGCCAAAUUCAUCUGAAGCUUUCACGUCCAACAAAAAGAAGUACUGAUAUAAUUCAAGCAUUGGAACAGAGAAAAGGAGACAAUCAGGCAAUGGAAUUUUUGUCAAGGCUCAGUUCGAAGACUGAACGAAAAUAAUUAUCUUUUUCUUGAGAAACGAAUGACUAAAUAUCAUGAAGAGAUAAUGCUACUAUAAAUAAGAAUGACAAUAUUACAGAACUAAGAUAACUGUAUGAAAAUUAUCAAUGAUUACAGUCAGUGUAUAUUGUUUCUUGAUACGUGUUAAUACGAAGAGAUAGAUAAUUUAUUUUGUAAACGUUCUUUGGAACUGUGCAUUUGUCUUUGGAACUGUGCAAUUCUUAUGACUUGCAGUAGCGUGUUACGAAUGUUAUAACUUUUGUUAAUCGUUAAAUUAAUUUUCCACGCGUAACAACACGUUGUCUCUGUCGUGUUUAAACGUUCAUCUCGGUUGUAUGAAAGUAAGAAAGGAACAGAAAAGCAUCUGUUGAUUAAGAGAUGUACUUUUAUAAAGAUUUUACGAAUACGCUGUGUUUAAGUGGCUAGAACCAUUUCUAGGCUGUGCAUCACUUUGAAUAACGCAUAUUUUCCCAUCUACAAACGUCGAAUGUCGCAUUUUCAAGACUAUAGAAAAACUGUAAGGCUGAGUAAGUGCUACUUACGAGCAAUAUACAUAUUUAUCAUAAAACUACGGUGUACACAUGGUUACAAUAAAACAGAUAUUUCUUAUA